UUUCUGUAUCCAACUUCUAUCAUUUACCAUUACUACAUUUACCAACCCCACCUUCGCAUUUCUUAUAAACUUGUUUUGCUAUUUGCCAACCAUGAAGACUUUCGCUAUUCUCGCUCUCGCCGCGGCUUAUCUCCCAGCAACGCUUGGUCUAUGCACUCUUCAACUUAAAUUUCUCGAGGACGGCAAGUGGCAUUCUGUCACCAAAACCGCUUAUCCCGGCGACACCCUAUACAUUAUGGGUCACAGUACUAAAAUUGGACCUCUAUGUGCACCUGCGAAGACUACGUGGACAGACGCAAAAAUUGUUUCUUGGUCUGGGUAAACUGUUAGACAGUGUCUAAAAAACCCCCAAAAAAAGGACAAACAGGACUGUUAUAUGACGUGAUAAUAAGAAAGGACCAAUAGACAAGAAGUGCUCCAGGCAAAGGACCAACAGACGGCUGUUGCUCUAUGGCACACCGACAGGAACAGGACUUGUAUAUAGGAUGGACUUGGACGCACUCACGGACAGGCUUCCAUAGCUCUUCAGCAAUUAAGUUGUGGC